CCAGCAUUCAUGAUACUUCCAAAGUUCUGGAACGAACACGUCGGCGACUCACAGCCCGAUACAGCCCGCAACUACUGCGCCUACCCCGACCAGGGCGCGUACGGGCUUAGACUCAGAAGAAGAUGAACCGCUCGCUGCACGACAACGACGCGUAAGCGGACAGCAUGGCUCUCCUGUCGCGAAACGUGCACGGUCUGCGAGUCCGGACACGCCUCUGGCUCAGCGGCGGAAGAGCAUGCAAGAUACACCGACGGGUUCGCGGAGAUCGUCUCUGGUCACCCAAAACAAGCCUAGAGAGUACACUGUCAACGCUUUUGCGAGCGGAAAUUUUGUCUAUUCUCCGGUUCGAACAAAGGCGAUGGAUACCGGCGGGCAAACGAACAUGGACGUGGACGAACGCGACGGCAGUCCUGCAAUUUUAUUGUCGAGUCUGUCACGGGCCCCCGCUUCUGGUCGACCUAAGGGGCCGGUGCGGACAGUGGAAGACAUGGGACUCGAUUCUGAGCCGUUUACAGACGAGGAGCUUCAGAGGCUGCCGAUCUUCCGUAGCAGUGCGAAUCUCGUGUUCGCGCAUGGGAAGCCCCCGGGCGACGCCGCACCUCUUACGUUCCCAUUCGAGCUGGAAAAAGCGGACUACGAUGCAUGCUUGUCAUGGUCUAAGCAGAACGACCACAACCAGCUUGCGAGUGACCUGACCUCUCUCAAGUGUGUCUCCUUGUCAUGCUAUCAUAUAGAGGAGUGCAGCCGCAAGCUCCUAAGUUUCAGCAAUCCGAAGCCGCAGGAUAUCUUUGCAGGCAAGCCGAACGACUUCCCCACGCACCUGUCGGUCUAUCUGCGCAUUGAAGGGCAGGACCCGCCCGAGUUUGCGGUGACAUGGGCCCAUCUCCUUGAAAACAGGCAUGAUCAGCUCGUCGAUCUCUCCAAGAAGGUGCGCCUGGGCACAAACAAGAUCGAGCUCUACGCGGGCAGGCCCGAUGUUGAUUACAGCCAGUAUGUCUUCGUCCUGCGCCUGCACUCACCCACGCCAAGGCAAGCCGCGUGGUGGUGGGACCGCAAGAGAGAACAAGUGAGCUGGCAACGGACACUCAGACGGUUCUCCCACUUCGAGAUGUCGUCGAUUGACCUCAGUCAGCGCGCGAAACAUACUGAGCACACGCCUGCGUAAUGUUUGUCUUGUGGGAAUCCUAUCUUCUUGUCUUUUGCUGUCUUUGCUCUGCUGUGCUAUGCUUUCUUGCUGUACGUUAGUUGACCCUCAUGUACUUAUUCAUUCUUGUUAUUACGCAAGGAGGCCAGAAACCUUCACCUGC